AUGGACGCAUCGAAACGUCCUGAAGUCCACCGGGCUGAAGCCGUUGGAGCGUUGGAGGCGCAGGUGGCCGCCUUGAACCUGCGCAUCGAGGACGUUUUCGCCCGCCUCAGCGAGGUGGAGCUAGGUAUUGACACUGCUGGGCGUGGUGGAGUGGCUCUGCGCUUGAGGUUUGAGCAGAUGCAAAGCUCAGUGGAGUUGCGGCUCACCUCGUUGGCCGGCGACGUGGCAGAGGUGUGCACUCGACAACACGCGAUGGAGCGUGGGCUGCGGGCCAACGAGGUGCGCGAAGUCCCAGAUCGCCAGGAGCGGUGGCGCGACAAGUGGGCUGAGCCAGUGGCCAGAGUGAUGGGAUACCCUCCCCAAAACUAA